AUGUUCAAUCACAUGAAACAACACGGCACAAAGGAUUAUGAAGAAUUCUACACAAUGGCGCAGCAAAUCACAGGGUUGUAUCUGUACCCUAUAAUAUGUAUCCUAGGACUUACAGGAAACAUGCUGUCUAUUAUUGUCAUGGCCCAGAGCAAGUUACAGACGUCCACUAACGUGUAUCUGGCUGCGCUGGCCUGCUCGGACUCCAUUAAACUAUUGAACGAUCUUUUAUACUUUAUCGUAAUACUGUUAAUGAAGAUUGACCCAGUGAUUGCCAAUGCGCUUUACGGUCAUUUGUAUCCUUACGCUCACUUUGUAUUCAACGUGGCCAUGUGCAACACGGCCUGGCUGACUGUAUCGGUCACCGUGGAGAGGUAUGUCUACGUGUGUUUCCCGACACGAGCGAAGACGCUGUGCACCGUCAGACUGGCAAGGAAGGUCUGCGCAUGCGUGUUCGUUGUCAUGACUGGUUUAGCUAUCCCCAACGCGUUACGUUACAAAACAGUGGAGAUAAUAGACGCUAAGACCAAUGUCACGACGCUGGACGUAGUUGUGACGGCGUUAUGGAAGGAUGACACUUUUAAAAUCGUGUUCACUUGGGUGCAGAACCUCACAAGGUCUGUUAUUCCACUCCUUGUGCUAGCAGUGUUCAAUGCAUCAAUCAUCCAAGUGCUGCGCCGCUCGCGCGCCAACCGUAAAGUGCCUGCAAGGAAGCGUAUUACGGUGAUGCUGGUGUGCAUUGUGUUCGUAUUUCUCAUCUGUGUCACACCUGAUGCAAUCCUGUCCACGUUCUUUGGCUUUGGCUACAACGAGGCCAGUUUCGUUGUGCGCGGCAUCCGGGAGUAUACAGACACUUUACUCGCAGUGAACAGCGCCAUCAAUUUUCUCCUCUACUGUACCUUUAACAAAAUAUUCAGGCUCAAUUUUAUGCUCAUAUUUUGCAGACGGUGUUACAUCGACAAUAAACAUUCCGACGUAUCCAGGUUUAAUAAACUGAAAUUUAGUAAAGAAUUGUCCGGGAAGAUUUCUUGUACCUUGAAGGGCUCGACCAUAAUCUGUGCCAAAACGACUGAUUCACGAAGACCAUGUUUCAGAAGCAGCUCAGGCGACAAAGGGACCUUAGUAUGA